AUGGCUAAAGGCAAAUCGGGUGGUAAAGCCCGAAAAGCCCCUCGCAAGACUACGGCCAAGACUACGGCCAGAAAGACUACUGCCGGGAAGAAGACUACAGGCAAGAAGACUACUGCCGGCAAGACAGUUCCCAGUGGUGCAGCAGCUCCAGCUGUACCAAAGCCAAAGCGUCGCUACACGCAAAACACUCUUUGGAGACGUGCAGUCAAGAAGGCAAUGAAAGAUGCUGUUGCAGAUAUCCGAUGUAUUCCGCGUGCACCUUUUAUCCGCCUACUCAAAGAAAUCAUGGACAACGAGUCUCGCCCCGGCGAACACCUGCGAAUUCAAGCUGAGGCCGUUUAUGCUCUUCAAACUGCUGCAGAAGGUUACCUUACUACUGUUCUUACUGCUUCUGCACUUUUGGCCUCUCACGCCAAACGGGUUACUAUUAUGCCCAAGGACUUCUACAUGCUCUAUGAGAUUUUGAAGCUUUUCCCAUCUGAUGCUACUAAUCUCCUUGGCCGCCAAGGCAAAGGCGCUCAUACUGCAGUUGGCAAUAUCUAA